GUGCAUUGUGGGAUAUUUUGUCGGAGGCCCCGUCAUCUGGAUUAUUGGAACCUGGCGACUGUUGGACCCUGCAUUAGUGAGCCUUCGUUGCGUCUCGAUUGAUUCAAGAUUGUGUCAUGAGCGUAGCCCGACCCACCUCCUAGCCCACUCAUGUGUGCCGACGAUGUACCUGGGUAACUGUCACUUGAUACUGACGUCAUUGUUUGCUUUCGUCAUACAGAGUAUAGAUGGCUGCGGAAGAACUCCAGCCCGUACGAAGCCCCAACCUACCACUCAAAGCCCCACAGUCAGCAGCACCACUCCGGGGCGCCCGAAAUCAUUCAAACAAACUUGCACCCCAGAAGAAAUUUUUAAAAAAUCUUGUCUCCAUGGAGGCGUAUGUUUUGUUGUGGAGCAUGCUGGGAGAAGAAUCGCAAAUUGCCACUGCAAAGAAAUGUGGACAGGACCACGGUGUGAGGAGGCUGACAGCGAAUACUUUGUGUUCUCCGCAGACAAAGUUGAGAAGGCUGGCAUCGCCGCAGGUGUGGUCGUCCUCAUUAUCAUCAUCACUGUCAUCGUCGUUUACGUCAUCAUCAAACGAAGGAAACAGAGAAGGAAAAGGUCAGAGGAGAAUGGUGACCUCAAUGGGCACGCUGGGAAACUGCUGCCCACUGAAGCUGAGAAACAGGCUGCAGAGCUGGAGGAAACAAAAGUAUAACUGUGAUUUUCGGCGGAGCUCUUCUGUGUCAUCAGCCAUUGUCUGUCGUCUGCUUGCAAUGUCGUCAUAGAACUCAGUGCUGAACACCAUAGACUCUUUGGAUACGAAAGGGAAGCAAUCCAUGGAAGUGUAUUAAGGAAGGGAUUGCUGCCCCUAAUAUAUAUAUAUAUAUAUAUUUUUACAGGAACGUUUUUUUUUGUUUUUUUUUUGGUACUGGUAAAGACAGCAUGAACAUUUGGAAAUAUGUCAUCGUCAAAGCACUGAGAAAAAAGCUACAUACAAACAAGAAAUCAUUGUGUAUGGUUUAGACUGUCAGUGAAUCAGUUGCGGACCAAAUCAAUCAAGGAUGUUGGUUACUUGGCUACACUCUGACAGCUCCUGUAGACUUCUCUACACAUGCGAAGUUGUUAUAUCUACCACCACUAACCCUGAGCCUUUUUUUUUUUUUACUACUAAAUAUAAUACUGAAUAGACUUCUGCUGCCACAGCCGCUGUCAAAGCCUACCAACCAUAAGGCCAUAAAUCUCAGCUUUAGUCUUGGAAUGGAUUCUUGUAUCAUGAACUGUAUGUUUUAUGAACUGUGUGUAUUGUCAAAACAUACUUGCUCUACGUUAGCGAUGACCUACUUAACUGGUCAGUAAUUUAUUUUCAAACCUACUUUUAUGUAAACAUUUUCAAAGAAUGAAAUGUGGACAAAGAAGUCUUUUCUUUCAGCACAUUUGAAUGUUUGGAGAAAUGACUUUGUUUGCUUUACAAUGUCAAUGUUUCCAAAUGGGACCUAGGUCUAUAUUGCCAAUAUUCUUUCUGAUAUCUAAUGAAUUUUUUUGUUUAUUGUCAUUAUAGCAAUCUGUCUGUUUGAAUAGGCCUAUGUGUUAAGUUUUAUCAGAACUGAAGAUUAUCUACACAAAAGGCUACAGUUCUAGCAUUUUACUUUAAGCAAUGUCACUGUCAGACAACAUCUUAUGUCACUGAAUGCAUGACUUGUAACUAACAGCAUCAAGUGUCACUGACAAUGUGAAAUGUCUCUGAUAGAAUGUAAUGCCACUGACAGCAUGAGAUGUCGGUGUAAGAUCAAAAAGAAAAUUAGAAAGAUGAAACUUAUAAAAUGCUAAGAUAUAGAUCUCCAGCUUUGUAUGAACUUCUAUCUUUUAUUGCUAACAAUAUUUAUUUAUUUAAAAAUCUGUUUGUAUUUUGGUGCCAUACUAAAUGAAUAAUUGUUAUAUCUGUGAAUGUGUGAAAUUGAUCAGUUAAAGGAGAAUAAGUUUCUUCUAGUCACCUGAUAAUGGAAAAUAGGAACAAUCAAAAUAUAUACAAAUAUUGUUGGCAUUUGGUAGGUUUUAAUGACUGUUUUACUAUUAUUUUUAGUUUCCGCAUUUCCUUUUUUUUUUUAUUUGAUUCUUUAAAAUAUGUUGCUAUAUCUGACCUACAUACAUUGGAUAGUUGCGCAUUGGUGAUAUGCGUCCAGGCUCGGAUUAGGAUGUGAUAAACAUCUCUUUGAAGGAAGGUCUGAAACUACUUGUUAACUAAGAGAGCCACAACCACAUACUGUCUCACAGCAACCACAUACUGUCCCUUAACCACAUACUGUCCCUUAACCACAUACUGUCCCUUAGCCACAUACUGUCACUUAACCACAUACUGUCACUUAACCACAUACUGUCCAACAUCAAGCACUUAUUUCAUUCAUUAUGUCCUCUGAGAAAUGAUUGAGUAAUUCAAUUAUCUAUUCCAAGUUUUAUUUUGAGUGUACUAUUUAGGCCGCUGCAACCUUUGUAGACGCAGUGGAACUCGCACUUUUAUAGGACCCACGUUAAUUCUAGAUGUAAAUUAUUAAAUUAAACGAUUAUUACUUAUAUAUGAUAACAGGGUUUUCUCGACCUCCCGAUUAUCCAGGACCUCCUGGAAAUCACCUCUAAUUGCAAAAUAUAUUUUCAAAAGUCCUGGAAAUCUCUCUAGAAAUUGUUAAAAUCCUAUGCCAGCAUUGUCAGCUUUCAUUUCAUAAAAAUUUAUCGCAAAGAUGAAUGUAUUUUCUAAUACAAAAUCAAAAUUUUGAUGUUAUGCUUAUCCCUACCCAGACUUGGCCCUGCGCAAUCCGUUUCGCAUAGGGCCUCCCAAUUGUUACAUCCGGCCCUGUACUGUCUCACAGCAACCACAUACUGUCCCAAAACAACCACAUACUGUCCCAUAGCCACAUACUGUCCAACAGCAAGUACAUAUUCUAUUUUGUAUUCUGAGAAAUGAUUGGGCAUUUUCAUUAUAUAUUCCUAGUUUUAUUUUGAGUGUACUAGUCACAAGGUUUGAUGUUUCUCAUGCAAUGGAUUGUUGUCAAUGAUUUGAAUCUAUUCAUAGAUGUAACUCUGCUGGCUCUGAUUAGACUGUGUACUAUGCAAACAAAGUGUGUAGAAUUUUUUUAAUUUUUUUUUUCAACACUUUUUAGAAAUUAUGUAAUGAAAUAUAUUUUAGCAAAAUACUUUGAACCAAAAGUAAAAUAAACUUUUGACGAUUCUUUAGCAAUAAAUGGGAGAUAACUAUUGUAUUUUUAGCAGCAUGAAAUAUUUCUAUGAUUGUCUCCCUUAGACUUACAAGUUAAUAAAAAUAGAAUGAGUCUUGUAUUCUGUAAGUGUAAAUGAGUUUUAAAAACAUUUUGGCUCAUACUAUUGUUUAUAUCCAGUGUAUUCUAGUCAAAUUAUUUAUUAUUGACUUGUAAUUGUUUGUAUAAAAAUAGUUAUCAAUGCUUCAAGAUUUAGUUUUAUAUUGUAUUAACAUUAUAAGUAACUGCUCCUUAUUCGCAAAUAUUUGUUCUCCAUCCUUGACGUCUGCCAUCUGACUGUGUUGUUUGUCUGUCUUGUCUGUCCGUCUUUGAAUGUGUGUUCUCUUAAGACCUGGCAUGUGGCUUUCUGAUGAAUCGAUAAGUCCAGGUCCCACAACUCUUUCUGAAUCAUGGGUACAUAACUAUGAACACAAAAUGGUUGCUCCCAUGCUGUGGUGUCAGUUUUAUCGUUUUGUCUUUCUAUUGAACUCUCCAGAUAUAUGUAUCAAAAUAUGACUUAUUGAAUCUGAUAUAAAGAAUGGGGAUGGAAAAAAACUAAUUCAGGUCAAAGGUUAUAAAAAGAUCAUACUUAUUUAUUAUUUUUUUUAAAUGUGUUAUUGUAUACAAAUGUGUUUACCACAAUGAUAUGUCAUUGAGGAUAUUUAGUUUCUAUAAUAUGCAAUCCAGUGUUCUAUAUAUGUCCAAAGUUUUACUGUAAAUAUUCUGCUAUGUCUGUUUGCAGAGACUGGUCCAUUGGGGUCUAAUAGAUUGGGUGAGGCUGUAGUGUACACGAGUCCCAAGAAUAUUUGCAUGUUAGAGCAUGUCAGUGAUGUGUCAUUCUUAUUAUCUAGGGAUCUGUCUUUAACAACAAAAUAUCAAAAUACAAAGGGGAGGUAAUUAUCUCGGACAAUACAAUUUGAAAUAUAAAGGGGAGAUAAUUAUCAUGGGCAAAAAUGUUGAAAAAAUGAAGGGGAGUUAAUUGUCUUCGACAAUAUAAUUUUUAAAAAUAAUAAUGGGGAGACAGUUGUCAUUGACAACAAAAUGUAAACAAAUAAAGUGGAGGCGAAAAUGUGCAUACAUCUCAAAAGCAAGACCUCAUGAGUUUCUGAAGAUCAUGAGCUUGAAUCCAGUCCAUCGUCAUUCCCCGACGCCAUGCUUGAGGUUUGGAUGAAAUUAUGUUUUGAUUGUCUCUAAUUAGAAAUGUUUAUGAAAUUCUCUAAAUACUAUAGGCAACAACAAAAACAAACCAAUAAUAUAAUCGUCUUCAAUCUUUUUGUUUUCUUUCUCCAUUUAGUCUCAAUAAAAGACUUUGUUAUUUGAUGCCAAACUUA